ACGCCAUUCGUCGGCGCUGGCGCGCGCGCCACACUCACCAGUCUAAUGGCGCACGUCCUGCGGGACAGCUCGCGCGAAUCCGACGCGCAAGGGUGCGAUUUCAAGAGCGCGAAGCGCGGCAUGAGCCCUGUGUGAUCCAUCGCGCUGGCCAGCCAGACCGCCGCAGCGUGCAGCACACCGGAAGCCGAAGUGAGUCGCGAGUGCGCUGCCAUCAUGAAGAACAAGACGUCGAAGCGAAUGGCUGGAAUGAUCAUCCGGUCGAGAAAAUCAAUUUCCAAGGACGCCGUUGUCACUACCAGCGGCAUUGGUAUGCCCUCAUUGUACCAUGCGCUGGUAGUGAUCUUCUUGGAGUUUUUCGCGUGGGGCCUGCUGACGAUGCCGGUGAUCUCCGUGCUGAACACCACCUUUCCCGAUCACACAUUCCUCAUGAAUGGAUUGAUCAUGGGAAUCAAAGGAAUCUUAUCCUUUCUCAGCGCGCCACUCGUCGGAGCAUUAUCAGACGUCUGCGGAAGGAAACUCUUCCUGCUGGUGACAGUCUUCUUCACCUGCCUCCCAAUACCGCUGAUGACGAUCAACACGUUCUGGUUCUUCGCGAUGAUCUCAAUCAGCGGCGUGUUUGCUGUCACCUUCAGCGUGGUGUUUGCAUACGUAGCAGAUGUGACUGAAGAAAAAGAGAGGAGUUUUGCGUAUGGAUUAGUAAGCGCUACAUUCGCAGCGUCGAUGGUUAUCUCGCCUGCAUUGGGCGCUUACCUCAUGGAACGCUGGAGCAUGAAUGUGGUGGUUGCGCUGGCCACCGCCGUUGCCAUUCUCGACGUGUUCUUUAUCCUCGUGGCUGUGCCGGAAAGCCUGCCGGAAAAGGUGCGUGUGUCACCCAUCAGCUGGGAGCAAGCCGAUCCGUUUGCAUCGCUGCGCAAUGUCGGUGGAGAUCCGACUAUUUUACUACUGUGCAUCGCUGUGUUCCUGUCCUAUCUGCCCGAAGCGGGACAAUACAGCUGCAUUUUUGUUUAUCUCAAGCUGGUGAUAGGCUGGAGCGCGCCGAUGGUGGCGGUGUUCGUCGGGCUGGUUGGGCUGCUCGCUGUACUCGCCCAGCUGUUCCUCGGCACGAUGAUGAAGAAUCUUGGAUGUAAGCAUACAAUCAUGCUGGGUUUACUCUUUGAGAUGCUGCAGUUGUUGUGGUAUGGCUUUGGGACGACCACGUGGAUGAUGUGGGCGGCUGGCAUGCUGGCGAGCAUGUCGAGUAUCACCUAUCCAGCUAUUUCAGCGUUUGUGUCCAUCCAUAGCAACGCCGACAGACAGGGUGUUGUGCAGGGAAUGGUAACGGGCAUGCGCGGACUGUGUAAUGGUCUUGGUCCGGCCAUGUUCGGCCUGAUUUUCUACAUGUUCCACGUGGAUUUGACCGUGGUGGAUGGUGAUGGCGUGGAGGUGACACGCGCGCCUACGCCUGCCGAUGACGAUAGCUAUCGCUUUGAAAAUUACACGCAGCUUGUGCCCGGCCCGCCGUUUGUAUUCGGCGCCUUCCUCGUCGUCUGCGCGCUCAUCGUGGCGUCGUUCAUCCCUACAAAGACGCAGGUCGACAGUGGCAUUCCGCUGGAUCUAACACAUUACGAAAUUGAGCGCGGCCACAAGGUCAGCUCGCCGCUGUCGCCGCUCAUACCGUCCUCCAAGGACGUGGCGGCUGUACUGUAGGCAACUUUGGCGGCAGCCGGCGCCCCGGCGCACUCACUACUACCUUCACUCACGCGGCCAUUUCAUGCCCGCGCUUUGUUUUUAUUUCCGGACAGACAGAGAAAGAGAAACUUACGUCGUGUUGAUUAGUAUGUACAAAUUAGUCGGUAAUUUAUUACACUCUACUUGAUUCGUCUUUGGUGAAGCGCGCGCGCGCGCGGGAAGGGCGAGAGCGUGUACUUAACCAAAUUUUGGGCACCGCCGCAUCAUUGUGAUAACCAGUGACACACUACUGCAGUAUCAGAAGGCCAGUUGGCACGCGUUUUACUCUAGAUUAAACACUUCUACCUAUCCUAAGUUAGUCUCUUAGUUUAUUUAUUAUUUUGCCAUAGAUUGAGUUGCGAGUGCUCUUUGAUUGCCAAAAACAAAGUAUCACGGCGUGCGCAUGCGCGCGCCAUGUCUGCAUUUACGUUUAUUAUCGCUAAGUUAGUUUUCCCACCUUUGUAAUACCAGUAUUCGACGCGCGCGGCGGCCGCGUUCGUUCUAGAUUGUUCAGUUUCGCGUAAGAUAAGAAGUCAAUUUCCGAGGUGACUAAUGAGAGAUUACGACGCCCCUCACACUAAUAAUACUUAUUAAUAAUAAGCAAAAAGAAAACUACGCCGUAUUUGAUAGGUGCACACACACACUCACACACCACAUACACACACUAUUGAAUUGUUGAUUUGUGAUUCGAGUUUUAAGCUAAGCUAAGUAAGCGUAAGUUACUACUUAAGGGAGAAAAUUCUAUAAACAAAGAUAUAGAUAUCUAUUUUGAAUAAUUGUUGAAUUGCAGCGCAAGAGGCGGACGUGUGUACGCGUUGAGUUUGUGUCAGAUUAUUCCCUUCCCACACACAUGUACACACACACCAAUCACACACACAUUCACACGCAUGCGCGCUGACCGUUGUUGUUAAUUUAAGGUGUAUCGAUGUGUUGUGUGGACACGCUUUUCUUUAGCCGUGGAACGAGACGAGAAUCAAACGAAAGCAGUCAGUCAGUGUGCAGGGGAGAGAGACACAUUGAUGAGAUAAACGUUGCGAAAGAGUACAUAUUUUAACUAGGAUCUACGCUGUAAAUUGUAAAUUAUACAAGAAAAUAUAUAAUGCAAGUAGACGCAGCGACGCAAA